AACAACUGGUUUGUACGAUAAUGAUGUAUUGCACUAAUAUAAGACUGUGAGAACCAUUGAUUUUUUAUUUUAGAUUUUAAUCUUAUGUUUCAUACAUAUCACUCAACUCCUUAAUUUCAACAGCUUUAUAUAUAUAUUGUUCAUACUUCACACCUGCCAUUGAAGGAGGGAAGGAAGAAAGAAUCUUAGAAACUAAUGGGAGAGGAAGGAGUUAUAGACAACACUCCCUUGAUUGAUCACUACUCAUCUUCUGGCGAAGUUUUUGUUAACGAGUCUUUCAAAAGAACAGGUAAUGUGUGGAGCGCGGCGGCGCAUAUAAUAACCGGAGUGAUAGGAGCAGGUGUACUGUCACUAGCAUGGUCUGUGGCGCAAUUAGGAUGGAUUGCAGGUCCUAUCUGUAUUCUAAUAUUUGCAGCCACUACCCUCAUUUCAACAUACCUUCUUUCUGAUUGUUAUAGAUUUCACCAUCCUCAACAUGGGAGCAUUAGGUGCUCCUCCUACACGGAUGCUGUCAAUUUGUACCUUGGAGAAAUAAAGGGAAAGGUGUGUGGAGUGUUGGUGCUUGUGAGCUUAUAUGGUGCUGCAUGUGCCUAUGUCAUUACAUCUGCUACCAGCAUCAGAGCGAUUUUGAAAUCAAAUUGUUACCAUAAGGAAGGACAUGAAGCACCUUGUAAAUAUGGGGAUGCUAUGUAUAUGUUGCUGUUUGGAGUUGUUCAGGUCAUAAUGUCAUUCAUACCAGAUUUCCACAACAUGGCAUUGCUUUCGGUUGUUGCAGCUAUUAUGUCUUUUUCAUACUCAUCUAUUGGACUAGGACUCGGCAUCACAAAAGUCAUAGAAAAUGGAAGAGUUAUGGGGAGCGUAACUGGAAUACCAGCUUCAAAUAUUUCAGAUAAGUUAUGGUUAGUCUUCCAAGCACUUGGUGAUAUUGCUUUUGCCUAUCCAUACACUGUCAUCCUCCUUGAGAUACAGGAUACUUUAAAGUCUCCUCCAUCAGAAGACAAGACCAUGAAAAAGGCUUCCAUAAUUGCAAUCUCCAUUACAACAUUCUUCUACCUUUGUUGCGGGUGUUUUGGAUACGCAGCUUUUGGAAACCAAACACCCGGAAACCUCUUGACAGGUUUUGGUUUUUACGAACCUUAUUGGCUCAUCGACUUUGCUAAUGCUUGCAUUGUUCUUCAUUUGGUUGGAGGAUAUCAGAUUUAUAGUCAACCGAUAUAUAGUGCUGCGGAUAAAUGGUGUUCAAGAAGAUAUCCCGACAGCGGUUUUGUGAAUAGUUUCUUCAGAUUGAAACUGCCUUUUUUACCGGCUUUUCAGCUAAACAUGUCGCGGAUAUGUUUUAGAACAGCUUAUGUGAUUUCCACAACUGGACUUGCAAUCAUGUUUCCUUACUUCAAUCAAGUUCUAGGAGUUCUAGGAGCAAUAGGAUUUUGGCCAUUGAUUAUAUAUUUUCCAGUAGAGAUGCACUUUGUACAGAAUAAAGUUGAAGCUUGGUCUACAAAAUGGAUUCUUCUUAGGAUUUUUAGCUUUGUUUGCUUUUUGAUCACACUAAUGAGUCUUGUUGGAUCACUUGAAGGAAUCAUAAGUCAGAAACUAAGCUGAAAGGUUUAUACCAAUACCCUUAAAGUUGAUUGACUUAUUUCAUGUAAUUUGUUAAUGCUACAUAAACAACUAUAUACACAUGUAAAAGUCUAUACUGUUCAUUGUUUAUAGUAUCUUUAAUAUCAAUGAAAAAUACAUGUCUAAAAUUUAUAGUAGUGAAA